UUUCAGUCGAGUCUGAAAGGGGGCAUCUCUUCUGAUCAGAGCCUCACACGAGCAGAAGAGGAGAGAGGGGAGAGAGAGAGGGAGAGUGAGGCAGGGUGCCCCGUUAUUUAACUAACCCCGGUGGAAAGAAGCAUGGCUUUAUAAAAAUAUUUUUUUUUUCCUCUGGGACCUUGGCUACAUUUGCACUCCAUAUCAGCAGUUGUCAAAGUCUUUGUUAUAUUUAAAAGCAAUCGAUCCACAACGUUUUUGGUGGUCAUGGAUAUCCAUAUAAGAUGGAAAAGAAAACGCCGGAUAAGGGACUUGCCCCUAACGUUAGCAAUAAUUUUGCUUUUUGUAACUUCCCAAGCCAGUUCAGCGGGCCCUGCAGAUCUCUUGAAGAUAUUAGAUUUUCACAAUUUACCUGAAGGUAUAACAAAAACAACAGGCCUUUGUCCACACAGAAAAUCUUCAAGUGGGCCAGAUGUCGCUUAUAGAGUAACAAAGGAAGCCCAGCUAAGCGCCCCCACGAAGCAGUUAUAUCCUGCUUCAUCCUUCCCCAAAGAUUUCUCUAUUUUAACCACUGUGAGGCCGAAAAAAGGCAGCCAGUCCUUCCUCCUGUCCAUCUACAAUGAGCAGGGGAUCCAGCAGAUUGGCGUGGAGGUGGGACGGUCUCCGGUGUUCCUGUAUGAAGAUCACACGGGCAAGCCCGGGCCAGAGGACUACCCGCUCUUCAGGGGCAUCAACCUGGCUGACGGCAAGUGGCAUCGAGUGGCUAUCAGUGUCCACAACAAAAACGUCACCAUGGUGUUGGACUGUACUAAGAAGUCAACAAAGUUUUUGGACAGAAGUGCCCGUCCUCGAAUUGACACCAAGGGCAUUGUGGUUUUUGGAACUAGAAUACUUGAUGAAGAAGUCUUUGAGGGAGAUAUCCAGCAGCUAAUGAUUGUUCCAGACCACAGGGCAGCCUAUGAUUACUGUGAGCACUACAGCCCAGACUGUGAAUCACCCGCCCCUGACUCCCCGCAGUCCCAGGACCCAAACCCGGACGGAUAUGACGAUGACACCUAUUACUAUGAAUACCCAUAUUACGAAGACAUGGAUCUCGGUGGGAAGACUACUACCCCUGAACCGAAACCUGAUGAGGUAGCAGGACCUGUUGCAGCAGUGGAAGAGGAUGUAUUGUACAAACACACUGAAGAAGAAACAACAGUGAUCGAAACAAAGCCUACGGGGGGAGCGUAUCCAGAAUAUGGAGAGUAUGAGGACCCUGGGGAGUAUGAGACAUACAACGAAUAUGAAGAUGGGGAAGGGGGGAAAAGAGUAAGCGUAGACACAAAUGUGGACCAAGGAGCAAGAGUAAACAUUGGAACAAAUGUGGAUCUGGGAUCCCGAGUGGACCUUGACUCAGGAGUCGACAUGGGAACAAAUGUGGACCUGGGAUCACGUGUGGACCUAGGAUCCAGAGUGGACCUGGGAUCACGAGUGGACUUAGGAUCCAGAGUGGACAUGGGGACAAAUGUGGACCUAGGAUCCAGAGUGGACAUGGGGACAAAUGUGGACCUGGGAUCACGAGUGGACCUAGGAUCCAGAGUGGACAUGGGGACAAAUGUGGACCUAGGAUCACGUGUUGACCUGGGAUCCAGAGUUGACACAGGGACUGAUUUUGACAUGAGUACACACACUGAAGACAUUCAUACUUCAACAGUAAUCAUUUCACAGAAUGGAACUGAUACCCGAAGCAGAAGUGAAUCAGGCUCAGCUGGGCAUGGAGGUACUGGGCAAGGAGAGUCCUCGGAGGGGGAGGAUUUUACACAAGAAAUCCUUAAGGAGUUUGACAAGGAAGAUUACUAUACAGAGUAUGAUUAUGGUGACGGUAACCAAGAUUUUGGUCCUGUUUCUCCCGCCCAGACCGAUGAUGAGUAUAGCCAGGUUGACGGAGCGAGGGGGGAAAAGGGACAGAAAGGAGAGCCUGCCAUCAUUGAGCCUGGAAUGCUUGUGGAAGGUCCCCCUGGUCCUGAAGGCCCAGCUGGUCUCCCAGGAUCUCCUGGUCCCACUGGUUCUCCUGGUCCAACCGGAGAUCCAGGUGAAAGAGGUCCGGCAGGUCGACCGGGUCUUCCAGGUGCUGAUGGAUUGCCAGGACCCCCAGGGACUGUCCUCAUGCUGCCUUUCCGAUUCAGUGCAGGAGGAGAUGCAGGACAGAAGGGACCUGCUGUUUCAGCACAGGAAGCCCAGAUGCAAGCCAUAAUGCAACAGGCGAGGCUGGCAAUGAGAGGUCCAACUGGUCCAAUGGGUCUAACAGGAAGGCCUGGCCCUCUGGGUCAACCAGGUGUUUCAGGAGUAAAAGGCGAUCCAGGAGAUAAUGGCCCACAGGGUCCCCGCGGCGCUAUGGGCCCUCCAGGACCAUCAGGAAAACCCGGACGCAGGGGUCGAGCUGGCUCUGAUGGGGCUAGAGGAAUGCCUGGUCAAACAGGGACAAAGGGUGAUAGAGGAUUUGACGGGCUGGCUGGUUUACCUGGUGAAAAGGGACACAGAGGAGACUCUGGUCCAGCUGGUCCCCCGGGCCCACCAGGAGAAGAUGGUGAAAGGGGAGACGAUGGAGAGAUUGGACUAAGAGGAUUACCAGGUGAACCCGGUCCUCGUGGUUUGCUAGGACCAAAGGGCCCCCCCGGACCUGUCGGCUCUCCAGGUGUUGCAGGUAUGGAUGGCCAGCCUGGUCCAAAAGGAAAUUUUGGUCCUCAAGGAGAGCCAGGCCCACCAGGACAGCAAGGCAACCCUGGAGCUCAGGGUCUUGCCGGUCCCCAGGGUCCAAUUGGCCCACCAGGAGACAAAGGUCCUUUAGGCAAGCCAGGUCUGCCCGGUAUGCCUGGAGCAGAUGGUCCUCCGGGUCACCCAGGCAAAGAAGGCCCUGCUGGAGAGAAGGGACACCCAGGGCCAGCUGGUCCACAAGGCCCACUUGGCUAUCCAGGACCCAGAGGAGUCAAGGGUGCUGAUGGUGUCCGUGGAUUAAUGGGUCACAAAGGUGAUAAGGGAGAAGAUGGAUUUCCAGGAUUCAAGGGUGACAUGGGGUUGAAGGGUGACCGAGGCGAGCUUGGGCCUUCUGGUCCCAGAGGAGAAGAUGGACCUGAAGGUCCAAAGGGAAGGUCUGGUCUGCCAGGUGAUUCAGGUCCACUUGGUCCCUCUGGAGAAAAGGGCAAGCUUGGUGUUCCAGGGUUACCUGGAUAUCCCGGAAGACAAGGUCCAAAGGGGUCUCAGGGUUUUCAAGGUUUUCCAGGAGCCAACGGAGAAAAAGGAGCAAGGGGAACAGCAGGCAAACCCGGUCCAAGGGGGCAGCGAGGACCAACGGGUCCUCGUGGAGAGAGAGGUCCAAGGGGUCCCACUGGAAAGCCAGGGUCCAAGGGCAACUCAGGGAGUGAUGGUCCAGCUGGUCCUCCUGGCGAAAGGGGUUUACCAGGACCUCAGGGACCCACAGGAUUCCCUGGACCAAAGGGCCCACCUGGUCCCGCUGGCAAAGAUGGACUUCCUGGACACCCUGGACAGAGAGGUGAAACUGGUUUCCAAGGCAAGACAGGUCCUCCUGGGCCCCCAGGUGUGGUCGGACCCCAGGGUCCUACUGGUGAAACUGGACCAAUGGGAGAGCGUGGACACCCCGGGCCCCCUGGACCCCCAGGCGAGCAGGGUCUCCCAGGAGCUGCUGGAAAAGAAGGUGUAAAGGGUGACCCUGGUCCUGCUGGCCCAACUGGAAAAGAUGGUCCUCCUGGUCUGAGAGGAUUCACAGGAGAAAGAGGACUUCCAGGUCCAGUAGGUGCAGCUGGUUUGAAAGGCAACGAGGGUCCCAAUGGUCCACCAGGUCCUGCUGGUUCCCCAGGUGAAAGGGGACCGGCUGGCCCAGCAGGUCCAAUCGGACUUCCAGGCAGACCCGGGCCCCAGGGACCCCCUGGACCAUCUGGGGAAAAAGGAGGACCUGGUGAGAAAGGCCCUCAAGGCCCUGCUGGUCGGGACGGUAUCCAGGGACCAGUUGGUCUUCCAGGCCCGGCUGGACCUAUUGGGUCUCCUGGAGAAGACGGGGACAAGGGUGAACUUGGUGAGCCAGGGCAGAAAGGAAGCAAAGGCGACAAGGGAGAACAUGGUCCACCUGGUCCUACCGGUCCAGUAGGUCCAAUUGGACAACCUGGCCCUUCUGGUGCUGACGGAGAGCCUGGCCCCCGUGGGCAGCAGGGUCUCUUCGGUCAGAAAGGUGACGAAGGCCCAAGAGGUUUCCCAGGACCACCCGGCCCUGUCGGUCUGCAGGGCUUGCCUGGCCCAGCUGGUGAAAAAGGAGAAACGGGUGACGUUGGUCAAAUGGGUCCGCCAGGUCCCCCUGGCCCCAGGGGCCCAUCUGGCGCUCCAGGAGCGGAUGGUCCACAAGGGCCUCCAGGGGGCAUUGGAAACCCAGGAGCUGUGGGAGAGAAAGGUGAGUCUGGAGAAGCGGGAGAACCUGGUCUCCAAGGUGAUAUUGGACCACCAGGUCCCAGAGGUGAGAGAGGGGAAAAGGGCGAAGCUGGACCUGCUGGUUCAGCAGGCCCCCCUGGUCCUAAAGGUCCUCCUGGAGAUGAUGGCCCCAAAGGUAGCCCUGGUCCAGUCGGUUUCCCUGGUGACCCAGGUCCUCCAGGAGAGUCUGGCCCAUCUGGUCUGGAUGGUCCUCCUGGUGACAAAGGAGAUGAUGGUGAAGCUGGACAACCUGGGUCUCCUGGUCCUACUGGAGAGGCUGGCCCUUCAGGUCCCCCAGGGAAGAGAGGUCCACACGGAGCUGCAGGCCCUGAGGGAAGGCAAGGUGAAAAGGGUGCUAAGGGAGAAUCUGGUCUUGAGGGUCCUCAAGGAAAGACUGGUCCAGUUGGUCCACAAGGAGCUCCAGGAAAGCCUGGCCCAGAGGGUCUCAGGGGAAUCCCUGGUCCGGUGGGUGAACAAGGUCUCCCAGGUUCACCUGGUCCAAAUGGCCCUCCUGGUCCAAUGGGUCCUCCUGGUUUGCCAGGUCUCAAAGGUGACUCUGGAGUAAAGGGUGAAAAGGGUCAUCCAGGUUUGAUCGGUCUGAUUGGACCCCCUGGAGAGCAGGGAGAGAAAGGUGAUCGGGGUCUUCCAGGUCCUCAGGGGGCGACAGGUGCUAAAGGAGAUACUGGUAUAAAUGGUCCAACUGGUCCAAUUGGCCCACUUGGUCCUCCAGGAUUACCGGGUCCUCCUGGUCCAAAGGGUGCUAAAGGUUCAUCUGGUCAAACUGGUACUAAGGGUGAAACAGGUGUGCCAGGCCCCCCUGGUCCUCCAGGUCCUCCUGGUGAUGUCAUCCACCCUCUGCCCAUGCAAUCCUCUAAGAGAAACAAGCGCAACAUUGACGCGAGCAAGCUCAUGGACGAGGGCAACCCAGACAAUUACAUGGACUACGCUGAUGGCAUGGAGGAGAUCUUUGGCUCCCUCAACUCUCUGAAAAUGGAGAUCGAGCAGAUGAAGCACCCCCUGGGUACUCAGAACAACCCUGCCCGCACCUGCAAGGACCUGCAGCUGUGUCACUCUGACUUCCCAGAUGGUGAAUACUGGAUUGAUCCUAACCAGGGCUGCUCCAGAGAUUCCUUCAAGGUUUACUGCAACUUCACAGCAGGAGGGGAAAGUUGCAUCUUCCCAGACAAGAAAUCUGAAGGAGCUAGAAUCACAUCCUGGGCAAAGGAAAUUCCAGGCUCCUGGUUCAGUGAAUUCAAACGUGGUAAACUGCUCUCAUACGUGGAUUCAGAAGGCAACCCCAUUGGAGUGGUCCAGAUGACCUUCCUUAGACUGCUGAGUGCUUCUGCCCACCAGAACCUCACUUACAACUGCUACCAGUCUGUGGCCUGGCACGAGUCAUCCCAGGACAGCUACGACAAAGCCAUCCGCUUCCUGGGCUCCAACGAUGAGGAGAUGUCCUACGACAACAACCCCUACAUCAGAGCAGUAGUCGAUGGCUGUGCUGCAAAGAAAGGCUAUGAAAAAACUGUACUGGAGAUCAACACACCCAAAGUGGAGCAAGUUCCUUUUGUCGACAUCAUGUUCAACGAUUUCGGCGAAGCGUCACAGAAGUUCGGUUUUGAAGUGGGGCCCGUCUGCUUUAUGGGUUGAGACGCCACAGAGAAACGGAACGAGAAAGCAUCACCAUUUUUUUUUUUUUUUUUUACCAUUGAGUCUCCAAAAAAAACAGAAAAAAAAAAGAAAAAAAAAACAGCAACCUUUAACCUCAGCGUGCCUUUUCCGUCACAUGCAGGUUUUGAAAUGGACGAAUCUGACAUUCAGCUGCGCUUUUUAUGUUGUGCGCACCCCACUGCUCCUCAUCUCUCCAGUAACAGGAAGGCUUUCUUUGGUGUAGGUCCAGAAUCACAUGACCCAAACAACCCUAACACUUGCCAUUGGGAACAUUAAGCAUUGGAAGGGUGGGACUUGUACAAACAACCAACCUUAAAUGCCAGUGUAUUCAGUCUUCAAGCUUUGCUUCAUUUUGUGCAUAUCGUCCACCUAUUCUUUACAAUAGGGCUUUUAUAUUUUAUAUAUAUUGUAUGUUUGUAAGUAAGUUUUUGUAUAUUUUUUUCUUGUAAUUUGUUUUAUAUAUAUAUAUAUAUAUAUAUAUAUAUAUAUAUAUAUAUAUAUAUAUAUAUAUACAGUAUAUAUCUGGAUUCAAAACAUGCAUGUGACCCUUUUUUCUUUUUUAAUGACCAAAGUUAUUUAAAAAAAAAAAAAAAGAGUUACGACCAAGUUCCAUCUUUUUGUUGAGGUAUUGAAUGCAUCAACUUUUUUUGUAAUUAAAAACUUAAUUAUAAUAAAGGUUAAACAAAACAAAACAAAAAAACCCUGUACAGCUCUAUCAUCUGAGCAUUCAUUUUUAUACAAAAAAAAAGAUGUACCACAAGAAAAACAUAUCUGUCUAUCGCCUUUUGGAAAUCUCCUUUUUUGCAAGGUGACUGUUGUAAACUUAGCUUUUUGUGCAAGUUUCAAGUUGAUUUGGUUAAUGCUUGCUCUUUUAUACUUCCAUAUCGUUCUGUAUGCAAUGGGAGAUUAUAUAUGGAGGGAUAUCACGCUUCUAUAAGAAAACAUAGGUGCUAUUUUUUAUUUCCCUCUGUGGUGCUAUAUAUUUAGUUUUUUAUGUAAGUAAAACACUGGUGGUGCCCUGCCAUUGCCAAAUCUCCCAAGAUCUUUAGUUCCUGCUUUUUGACAAGACAAUAAAACUGUACCUUAUUGCAAGAUCUUAGUUAAUGCAUGGCGUUUUCAUAUUUAUACACAGGGCAAUUUCCUUGAUGUUUUUGUGUUCUCUUUCUUUUUUAAGCUUGUAUAGCCCAUAUAGAAAGCAAAUUAUUGAUAAAAAAAAAUUACAUAUAAUAAUAAUAAUAACAGGAUAGUAAUAAUCGCUGUUUGUAUUCAAUUGCUGAAUGUUUGUGGUGCUAACUUAUGUAUUUUAUAUUUUAGUUACAGGACAUAAAAAAAGCAACACAAACAUGCUUGCAUGUCAUGGCUCCUCAACUUCCAAGUGUUUUGUAAAAGGCUCUAAUUCACGAGCAAAAAAAAGUACAAUUCUUAAAUGUACACUCCAGGCCUUUAUGGGGAUGCCCUUAGUAUUUUAAUUUAGCGAGUCAAAUUCAAUGUAAUUAUCAGGCUAAGAAGAGGUGAGACAUCAAAAUGUUUGUUUAAAUAAAUUACUUAGAUUCUUUAUAGUAUUACUGUACAACCCCCAGCAAUUUCUAAAUUGUCACUUUGUUGUCAGAUCUUUAUAAUUCCAACCACAUGCGAUUCACAGCUACUGGAUGCGGUGUCUUAAUGCCUGCCAGUUUUAGGGCAAGAGGAUGGGGUAAUUUUUGGGAUACAUUAACUGGUUUUCAAUCAAACAAAAGUAAAAAGUAGUGCUAUCUAUCUUGCAAAAAUUGAUGUUAAUACUUUCCAACCAGGACAAAUCUAGUUCAUGCUUGAAUCACACAGAAUAGCAUGUUACAGCUAUGGCUUUAAACCACACACCCCUACAUGUGUGUUGCAAAUGUCUUCAAGGAAAGAGUUGGGACCUGAAGUUCUAAAAUCAUUUCAGAGACUACAACGGAUUGUAGAACCACCCCAAGUACAUAUUUCUUCUUUUUUAAAUGCGAUUUUUACACAGCCAAGCAUCUUGUUACUUUGAAAACUUGAAGACUAGAAGGCAGUGCCAUCCACCCUCUGUGGAAUUACUUGCAACAUGACUUCUGGUGUUGUGCAAUUUUUUAUUUUUUUUUUGCAAGUUAUAGCACAAUUGUGUUUAUGUAUAUCAGUUGACUUUACUGGGGACACCAACUGAUUUCACAGCUCCACUUUGGCUCAAAAGGCCAACAUGAGAGCUUAUCUUAUAUUUUAAAAAAAUCUGUUUAGGUCAUGUGAUUCUUCAGUCUCUAUGCUUUAUUGCACAAGGAUUGACUUUAUAUACUAGGGUUCACUCUUGUGAUUGCUAUAGCCAAACCAUAGAUUUACUUCCUACUUCUCUCAGACAACUCUGCAUAAAUGCAAUAAAAUUAAAAAAAUGUAAUUGUCUGAUUUUUUUUUUCUUUUGAUAUAUAUAUAUAUAUGACUUGAACAAUUUCAGUAAAUAAAAACAAACAAAAAUCUGUGAACUAUAUAUAGAUUUUUGGUACAGUACCUGUGGCCCAUUAGACAUACUUCAAUGAUAUUGAAAAGAAAAAAACAUUGUACAUUUCUUGAUCCUUCAGUAAAGUGUAAUAACUGUCACACCAAUAAAGGUGCUUUUAUAAGAACUUUUUUAAACCUGUGUAAAGGAUAGAAGAUAUAUUGGUUUUUAUGUUAAUAAAUUGAAGUUUACUGUGCCCUUCCACUCCUUUGAGGUGUGACUCUUGUAUGUCUUUCGAAGCAUUAAAACCAAACUGUAUGCAUGA